CCCAGAGAUGCCACCGGGGAGUAUAAACCAUUGAUGAUGCCACCGAUGAAAACACAAGCCAGCAACUGAAGGGGGUGAGCACAACGAAGCAUAACAAGACUGACGCAAAACCAUGCUGCAAGAGAGGCGGAGGGAGGGGGUUGUGGGCCGGGCAUCAUCUGUGGCUUCUGUCAGCUAAUAAGCUACGUUUGUAUCUUAAAUAAAGACAUUUGGCGGAAAAAUUAAUGAUCACAGUGCCUAUGGUCUGAUCACCCAUAACAGAUUCAAGUGAAAAUAGAAGAUGGCUGAUAUUUGUGAAGCGUGUCCUCACCUGGAUUGUAUUGGUGAGGUCACUAAGGAGGAACUCCUACACAAAUCAAAGGGCACCUGUCAGUCAUGUGGCGUGGGCGGUCCCAACCUCUGGGCAUGUCUGCAGUGUGACUGCCAUUAUGUGGGCUGUGGUGAGUCUUUCUCCGACCACAGCACCAUUCAUGCUCAGGCAAAGAAGCACCACCUGACGGUAAACCUUACCACAUUUCGGAUCUGGUGCUAUGUGUGCGAGAGGGAGGUGUUCCUGGAGCAGCGGCCCGUGACGCCAGCCGCAGCUGCCCACCAGUGCCGCACCCCGGGGCAGGAUUCCUUCCAUCACUCAGGCACUCAUCCCUUGAAAGCCGUACCCAUUGCAGUAGCUGACGAAGAAGAGUCAGAGUCUGAGGAGGACGAGCUCAAACCAAGAGGUCUGACGGGGAUGAAGAACAUUGGCAACUCGUGUUACAUGAACGCUGCGCUGCAAGCCCUCUCCAACUGUCCUCCUUUAACCCAGUUCUUCCUGGACUGCAGCGGAUUGGUCCGAACAGAUAAGAAGCCGGCUCUGUGUAAGAGCUAUCAGAAGCUCAUCUCCGAGCUCUGGCACAAGAGACGACCUAGUUAUGUUGUCCCCACCAGUCUGUCUCACGGUAUCAAGCUGGUCAAUCCCAUGUUUCGGGGCUAUGCCCAACAGCUCUGCUCUGGUCAGGACACACAGGAGUUCCUGCGCUGCCUGAUGGACCAGCUGCACGAGGAGCUGAAGGAGCCGCUGACAGAGAGCGGGGUCGCCAUCAGUAACUUGGGUGCCGAGGCGGGAGACACCGGGGCUGCGGUGCGGGAAGGCGACCGCAGCCCCGCCGAGGACGACUUCCUGUCCUGCGACUCGGGCUCCAGCAGCGGGGAGGGAGGCGAGGGCCGAGGGGGCGGCGACGCGGAGCUGCUCAUCCAGGACGAGUGCGGGGGAGUGCGGGCAGCAGCUACCACCACCACCACCACCACCGCCACCACCGCCACUGCUGGUGUGGGAAUCUCGGAGAAGGAGAGGCUGAAGGAAAGGAGGGUGUCGGGGUCGCCGCUCCGCGGGGCAUCCCAGGAAAUGGACGAGGACGCGGACGUAGACACGGCCGCCCCUCAAGAGGUGGCGGGGGAGAGACAGGAAGAAGAGGUGGUGGUGUGCAGCAGCACUCAAAACCAGUCACAAGCUAACAGCACUGCAGGUGGCCAAUCAGUGCCUGAUAACGAGGCGUCGAUGCGCCGGGUCCCGUCGCGGCCUUGUAGCCCCGCCCCCACAGUACAGGAGCUCCACCCCAAACUCUCCAGCAGCCCGCCCCGGUCCAGCCCCCUGAGGUCCACAGGCCCCGCCUACUCUUUUAAAAAAGCUCAUGUUAUCAUGGGCCCCAGGAAGAAGAAGCAGUCUCGCCACCGCAGCGUGAUCUCGGAUAUCUUUGACGGUUCCAUCCUGAGUCUAGUUCAGUGUCUGACGUGCGACAGGGUGUCCACCACUGUGGAGACAUUUCAGGACUUGUCCCUGCCAAUUCCAGGGAAAGAGGAUCUGGCAAAGCUGCAUUCAUCCAUCCAUCAGAACGCCCCGGCCAAGAUAGGCGUGUGCGCCGACAGCUAUGCCGCGCAGGGCUGGAUCACCUUUAUUAUGGAUUCCAUACGCAGGUUUGUGGUGUCCUGCAUCCCCACCUGGUUUUGGGGUCCCAUGGUGACGCUUGAGGACUGCCUCGCUGCCUUCUUUGCUGCAGACGAACUGAAAGGUGACAACAUGUACAGCUGUGAGAGAUGUAAGAAGUUGAGGAAUGGAAUCAAAUACUGCAAAGUACUAAGACUACCUGAGAUUCUCUGCAUUCACCUGAAACGCUUUAGACACGAGGUCAUGUACUCCUUCAAGAUAAACAGCCACGUGUCAUUUCCGUUGGAGGGCCUCGACCUUCGACCUUUCCUGGCCAAAGACAGUCCCUCGCAGGUCACAACCUAUGACCUCCUCUCCGUCAUCUGUCACCACGGCACCGCAGGCAGUGGUCACUACAUAGCAUACUGCCAGAAUGUGAUUAACGGUCAGUGGUAUGAGUUUGAUGACCAGUAUGUGACUGAGGUGCACGAAACAGUGGUGCAAAACGCAGAGGCCUACGUCCUGUUCUACAGGAAGAGCAGUGAGGAGUCGGUGCGUGAGCGUCAGAAGGUGGUGGCCCUGGCCAACCUGAAGGAGCCCAGCCUACUGCAGUUCUACAUCUCCAGGGAGUGGCUCAACAAGUUCAACACCUUCACCGAGCCUGGCCCCAUCAGCAACCACACAUUCUUGUGUCAGCACGGAGGAAUUCCUCCAACGAAGUACCACUACAUCGAUGACCUGGUGGUGAUUCUGCCUCAGAAUGUGUGGGAGUACCUCUACAACAGUUUUGGUGGGGGACCUGCAGUGAACCACCUGUACAUGUGUGCCAUCUGUCAGGUACACAUUGAAGCGCUUGCGAAACGCAGGAAAAUGGAGAUCGACACUUUUAUCAAGCUAAAUAAAGAGUUCCAGGCAGAGGAAGCCCCGGCGGUGAUCUUGUGCAUCAGCAUGCAGUGGUUCAGGGAGUGGGAGAGCUUUGUCAAGGGGAAAGAUAAUGAGCCCCCAGGUCCCAUUGACAACAGCAAGAUUGGUGUGAUGAAGGGGGGGCACAUACAGCUCAAACAAGGAGCAGACUAUGGUCAGAUAUCCCAGGAGACAUGGCAGUACCUGCUCAGCAUCUACGGUGGAGGCCCUGAGAUUGCCGUCAGACAGGCCGUCGUUCCCCAGGAACCCGACGGCCACGGAGAACGCAAGAUAGAAGCAGAGACCAGAGCACUCUGAAAGAGUCGAGGCAUGUGCCACACCUCCACCUCCACCUCCACCUCCACCCAACCCCUCCCUCACUGAAGCCUUCACUCCACAGCAUCGCUGGAGCACCCAUCCCCCAGGGGCUUCUCACCUGCGCGAGAGGAGCUGCAAUUGUGCUCGCUAAAUUACUCCCUAGAUUAGACGCCGGUGUGGUGUGGUGUGGUGUUCAAUAGAUGAAUACAUGUAAGAUAAUAAGGAGCACUUGACACCACACUCUAGAGAGAGCGAGAAGAAAAGAGGGAGAGAGAGAGACAGGAGAGAAUUUAUACAUGGACGCAAACUCAGGCUCAUAUAAAAUGAGCUCAAAACGAGGACGUUCUCCACUAAGACACCUAAAUGUACAGACAUAUGCAUGCACACACACACACACACACACACACAGAGUUUUCUCCUGCGUUUGAAGAGUCUUGUUGGGCCCUGGAGUGCCAUGAGUCAUGGUGCUCACGGGGGGUCGGUGAUAUAAGCUAUACAGCUGCUGCCUGAUGACUGUGCUGCUCUGUACAUUAAUCUGCCCCCCCUCCCCCAUGCAGACAGUAUGUCUGCCAGCUGACCUGAACCCAAACUAAAAGGGGGGGGGGGGGGGGGUCUUUCAUCUCGUGUAUUUAUUUUGCCUGGCAAUGCACAAGUCCUGGAGCCCUUAAAUGGUGCCUGUAUAAUGGCAAAGCCAUGUUGAGAUACUGUCCUGGCCCCUGCAGUGGGUUGUGUCAGAGUACGGGUAAAAAUGGCGGAAGGGUUGGGACGGAAGUGGCUCGGGGGGGAUACCCCUGGUGCUUUUCAAAAUUGUAUUCAGAAAAAAAAGCCAAGAUGAUUCAAAAUGUGCCCUUAACAGGAAGUUGUGUAAGACCAGUUGCACGCAUUAAAGUCUCUCACUCAUUGAGGGUUUCAUCACAAACCGGAACAUUCAAGAUUGAUCAGCAUGUCAUCAUCAGCAGUGGGGUCUUUGGGCAGGUUGAGACUGGUGUAAGGGUGACUCAGUGUAUACUCGUUUGAUUGUUUCUCCUCCAACAAUGGACACGCCUCACCAAGCCGACGAACCCCCAACAGACUCAACCGAACUAGAAACUCGAAGCCUCACUCCUGCUAGUUCUGAUCUGACGUUGAAGAUCGUAGCCAAUUGUUGGCUGGUAUCUGGUUGAGUUCACCAAAGAAAAAGUGCAACAUCUGGUAUCGAUUUCCAAACUGGAAUGGAGAAUAUCUGGUGUCUUUUUCUGUUUAUUUUUUCUUUGUUUCAAUCACAUUAUACUGGGCACGUGCAAUGUUGGUCGAUAGCUAGUAUGUAUAACUGAAAAAGAGCGUGGCACUAAAUUCUACCGUUAUUAAAGAGCAUAAUUAGAUCGAUCUUUGUUCAACUUUUUGAGUGUACCUAUCUGUGAACAUGGACGACAUGACACAGCCAUUACAUUUCAAAUAAUGUCAAGACUCAACCUAGUGAACUAAUAAAUAUUGUAUAACAAUGUCAUUGGUUAAAAUCCAGGUGAUCACAGUUUAAGGCUGGCAUAUUGCAGUCAAGGUUGACUAAGCUUUUUUGAUUGUCUGUUAUUGUCUGUAUUGAAAUUGAGAGUGAAUAAAGCCUGUUCUUUUAUA